CUGUAAAUCGCAAUUGCCACUUUGGUUUUUAGGCGAGUUUGUUUGGCCCCCCAGCGCGUUAGGAUUUUAAUUGGCACAGUCUGUGCAUUGCAUUGGGUAAUUGGUUUCACUAGUGCCAUGAUUGUGGGUAUUAUGCGACAGUUAAAAUAGAACGCGCAUAGAUGGGUUUAGGUUUUAAAAGCCCAUGAGCAUCGUUAAAAAAAAAUGAACAUCGAUACGGAGGAAAAAAUAUUUAGACUAAAUACAAAACAACGGGAACAUUGAAUGAAAUUCAUCAGAUAUCACUUGGCUUUAUGCUCACUAGAGUAACGCCGAAUCAUAUGCAGACCUUCGGAGGCGUGCCUCUUUAAUUGGGCCAGCCCGAUUUAUAAAUUGUUCGAAUACUACAUAAGCACUGCACUACAUAAGCUCUAAAGCUAAAGCUUUCAAAUCCAAUAUAUAAUACCGAAAACGUAGCGAUAUCGAAUUAAAUUUGUCUAUAUAAUCAUGAAAUUAGUCUAGGAAAUGAUACGGGUCACGGUUUGUCAGAAUUUGAAGUUCGCGAAAAAAACAGGAUAUUUUGAAAAAAUUAUUCGUUUAUCCUAUUUCCUACAAUCUCUUAUGUGUAAGUGUGGCAGAACUGGUAGAUGCCAAGUUUAUUUAAGUUUUUUUUUAAAAAACAAAGUCGGAUGUUAAUAAAAUAUUAUACUCAUAUGUAAGCAGUUCAGGAAAAUGAAUAAAGUUGUGCUGGGAAAUCGAUACUAACAAAAUAUUCAAAAAAAAAAACCCAAAUUUCGACCAAAAGCGGUCCAAUCCAGAAGUUUCCUACGUAUGUACUACCUGGUACUCGAUUGUCGAUAUAGAUCAGGAAUAUGUAAAUAUACCUUCUAGGGUCGGAGAUGCCUUCUUAUAUGUGAUACAUAUUUCAUGAAAUAAGCCUUUAAGUAUAAUAUCCCCAAGUUCUUCUUGAAACAUAUACUUCAGGGAACAUGCUUCCAACCACAACAUCUACCACCAUCUACACAUCUCUGUGAAUAACCUCGAGCUUUUAUCCACAACAGCAGCUAUUGGCUUCUGCUCAGCAUGACAUUCCAUUAUUUAUGUUUCCUUAAUCUUUGUAAAUAAUGCCCCCAAGUGGAUAUUGUGUUUACACUUUAUAUUGAAAAAUGAAACAUUUGAUUUUGAUCGAACAGGAAUGCAAAACCUGUCCAUAUCCUGCUCACUUGUCUGCCUCAUCAUUCUGGGCAGCGCCGCUUUGGUGGGCGCCUUCGGCGUCUGCCAGCGCCAAAUAAGUGCCAUCCUUAUUACGGGCGUCAUGUAUCUGCUGGCGGCUCUGUUUGCCCUGUUCACGCUGAUGAUAAUACACUUUAAGCGACAGCAGGGACGCCCGAUGUUGGACAGCGACUACGAUGGCACCGUCGAUGGUAUUGUGGCACGACCGGGCGGAGUCGCUAUUAUGGCCAAACCGUUGCUGGGCGCACGUGUAUUCCUAACUUCGUGGAGUCUGGACCUGGGCUGGGGCGGCGUUGUGCUCUGCGCCAUUACGUCGGUGCUAUGGAUUCUGCUGUCAAAGAUCAUGCGGUAUAACCCCUUCUCGGCGCUCAUGAUUUAGCUAAACGCCCUGCCGCUCAGCGGCUAUGGCAGCUAUGAUAGCUACUAUGGCAGCUACGGCAGCACCAACAGUAACAGCAGCGGCACCAGCGCCAGUUUCCUGCUGGCGGGCGCCACAUCGUCGACGCGGCAAGCGGAGCAUCGGGGCAAAGGCAAAUACAUACUUUGAAUCUCCAACUCUCCCACUACAAAACUAAUCCCUGAUCUGUCUCUCUUGAAAUUCCGCACUGCAUAUUAAACGGUUGAUUUCGAUUAAUUUAAAUGCGCGCACUCUACUCAGUUAUCAGUGUUGGAAAAUGUACCAAAUAUAUGAAACCGCAUACAGAAUCAA